UUAGGCUAAGACGGUGUAUAACCGCUAAUUAAAACCCCGACAUCAUACACUAAAAGACGUCAAGCUUUCAACCUAUGGGUUCGUGUGGUUCCAUUUUCUUCUGAGGAUUCUACUUGACCGUCACGUGACCAAGAUGGAUUCCAUGAACAGCAUCCUCUAUUGGAUAUAUUGUAUAAUCCUGCUGCUCAUUCCGCUGAUUGAUGGCAGCUUUGAACCGGAAGUGUACUCGCGUAGCAAGAGGGCCUAUAGAAACGCCAAACAGUGCACAUUCCCCGAGGCCUGGCGAGGGAAGUGGUACCAGAGUGGCGUCAGGGACAUUGAGAUCCACGCCCACAACAUCUCAACCUACGGCCACUGCAUCAGCCACGACGGCAAGGGCAAGUACCUGCUGCUCAACAGAAACAAAAUGUGCAACAUCUGUCUCGUGAUGACGUCAAAACACCAGAACGUCUUGCAGUAUAAACAAAGUUUCUGUCUACCCGGUGAGCCCAUAACCUCCGCCUGUGGAAUGAUCACCGGCGACUUCCCUCUCUACACCAUGAUCAAAGUGACCGGUGCUCCCAUACCCUGUCCCUUUCAAGGUCAGUACGAGUUUUCCUACACCAACGGAAGUGAGAUCAAGUGCGAUAACCCCAUGUCAAGCAUCAACGCAUGCGCAGACAACUCCAAGUUUCUUUUCCACCACCAGAAGUGCCCUGCGUUGAGAAACUCGAACGAAAAAGUUGAGUUCUUCCAGUGCCUGGCUACCUGGGAUACAGGUGGGGACAGCUACCUGUACGGCCGCUUCUCUGGACCUCUGCUGACCGACAAGGAAAGCCAGUACCGAUGUUUUAUGUACAGCCUGUACGGGUCAACAGGUCACAUGUCAAUGACCGCUGACUCGACGUGUCAAGGACUCCAGACCCCAACCCUGGGGAUGAACGUCUUCACCCUGAGGCACAAGCACGAGAAGUGGCCCCAGCCCAGGUGUGUCUUCCCUGACGUGUUCGGCUCCACCUCAGAGUGGCGUGACGUCAACAGCCGUCACAUGUUCACCUUCAACAAACGGGUCGACGGGUUCAAGGUCACGGACCUUCCGGAACCAGAUCUGGGGAACAACUCAGAGUUCAGGGCCGAGUCUAGGCUGAAGGUCACCUGUAUUGGGGAGGUGGACUCCUCCAAGUCUGGGAAAACCCACACCUUUGACAUACUGACCUACGUCACUGAUGACAAAUGUGAAUCCAACUACAGGUGUGUUAGGAUAACCCUAAGAUCUCACAGCAUCAUUGAUAUACAAAUAGGCAAACCAACCGAGCAGACAGAAAACGCCUGCCAGUCCUCCUACUUCUCUGGCACCAAGAAGUUUGUCCUGCUACCUGGUAACGCCCCACCCAAGGCCUGUCCCAUGCAGGGGAGUCACACCUUUGUGCACAGGCGAAACAAGUGCACCGGUCAGAUCUUGGUCGGCUGCUCAAACAGGGACUCGGAGGUAGAGGUCAAGACGGAAUGUGCUGGAAGCGUUUCCGUUGAAUUCCUUCAAUGCUAUGAGAACUGGACUGACGUAGACCGCAUCUAUGUUAUAGCCGGCCACGUCAAUGACCUACGUAAAGCUGCCGAUUGUUUGGUUUUUAAAGUCACACCUAAUGGCUAUGAGCUAGAGGCUGAUGCCGAGUGUGGUAAUGACAGGCUAAAGAUCAUGGGACAGCCUGUAGAUUUCAUCAUCAAUUCAGCAAAUAAGCAAUGUCCCACUGGAGUGCCCAAGACUGUCACAAUGCAUCCUGCCCUAUCCCAGAAUCCCCGGGAGCCCCCCAGGAACAACAAAAAGCCCAUCAACCCACCAGAGAUCGAGACGCCACCUGGUGGCAAACCGCCCACCGCCAUCAUCAACGCUGAAAACAGCAGCACUCGGCUGUCUCUGAGUGCAACCAUCCUGGUGUGGGUUGUCUUAGUUGUGGUUGGCGCCGUCAACAGGUGAUACAUACACCUGUGGCAGUUCAUGAAGCGUUUUUAAAAAACCUUGAAACAAAGAAAAAAAAAUCUUAAAUAAUUGUAUUGUAAAAAAAACAACCCCAAGAACUAAUGCUCAAUAUUUCUACCUUGUUGUUAAAGCAACAUAUAGCCAUUGUGUGAGUACAAGAAAAGUUAAUUUAUUUAUGACGUGAAUGUAUAAUACGUCAUAAAAAUUAAACUUUUGAUCUAAAAUGGAACAGAACAAUACACUAUAAUCACAAGCCAUAUUUAUAUGUUCAUGAAUCAAGUAGUGAUUAUUAGAAAAUAUGAUAUAUUUUUCCUAACCUCAAAAGACUAAUAGGAAUGUACCAAUGAGGUAAAGAUUUGAGUCAUGUUUGGAUGUGCCAGAUUUUCAAGACUUUUCUGACCACAAGAAUUAUCUUGGCCAAGGACUUGUAACUGAAACAAUAUUGUUCAUCUGAUUGUGUGGUAUAUUAUCAUCUUGUUUUUGCAUUAUAAGCUACUCAUCAUUCAAUGUUGGUUAAUUAACUGAGCAUUUUUUAAACCGUUUAUGAUCCUGUUUAAAAAAAGCAACAUGAACAACAGUAUUGUGAAAAAUAAAAACUUGGAUUGUGGGUGGACCAGAAAUUUAAAAACACAGAUUCAAAUUUAACAGAAUAAUUUCUUUACUAAAAUGAAACAAAACGCAUUUAUUAACGAUAAAGUCAAAACAGUAUUUUA